GUGCUGCGUGCUCGGCCCCGCGAGGCGCGUCUCCCUCGCGAGCUCGGUGAAAGGAUUUGGCGCCAGGCGGGUCCGCUCUGCAGCUGCCGCAGCCGCACGAACCAGCCGCGCCACCCACCCACCGCCUCCCGCCGGGGCCUCGACCUAGAGCCGCCGCUGCCCGCCCCAGCCCAGAGCCGCCCGCGCGCCGCCCAAGGGAUCGAGCCGCCGCCGCCAUGAGCUGCUCGCCCGUGAACGUGAAGAAGCUGAAGGUGUCGGAGCUGAAGGAAGAGCUGAAAAAGCGGCGCCUUUCCGACAAGGGCCUUAAGGCCGAGCUCAUGGAGCGGCUCCAGGCCGCGUUAGACCAGGAGGAGGCUGGUGGGGGAGGCCCCGCUAGCAGCGCAAUUGAGCCUGGCAACGGCAGCAUGGAGGGGGAGGCAGCCGAGAGCGGCGGGGGCGCCUCGCAGCUCCACCAAGGGGGAGGCCUCGACCAGGCCGCGGCCUCCACCGCGGAGGACGACGACGAGGAAGGGCUGGAGGCCGCCGAUGGCGACGCCAUGGAGCUGGGCGAGGAGAACGGCGAGCGGGCGGGGGCCGGGGGCGGCCCGAUGGAAGAGGAGGCGGGCGGCGAGGAGGAGGAAGAGGAGGAGGAGGAGGAUGAGAACGGAGACGACCAGGGUUUCCAAGAGGGGGAGGACGAGCUCGCCGACGAGGAGGAGGCAGCGGCUGGGGACGCCAACGGGCACGGGGAGCAGCAGCCGCCCCAGCAGCAGCAGCCCCCACCGCUCCUUCAGCCGCGCGGUGCUGCCAAGGAAGCCCCUGGCAAAACCUCUGGCGGCGCCUCGGGGCCCCAGGUGGCGUCUCCCUCUGGCCCAGGAGGCCCCGCCAAGCAGCAGCAGCAGCAGAAGAAAGCGGAAGGUGGCGGUGGCGGCGGCCGCCCCGGGGCUCAGGCUACUGGGGGAGAUGCUAAAACAGAACAAAAACCUGGUGAGAAAAAGAGGGGAGUGAAGAGACCACGUGAAGACCAUGGCCGUGGAUAUUUUGAAUACAUUGAGGAAAACAAGUACAGCAGGGCCAAGUCCCCUCAGCCUCCUGUUGAAGAAGAAGAUGAACAUUUUGAUGACACAGUGGUUUGUCUUGAUACUUAUAACUGUGACCUGCAUUUUAAAAUCUCAAGAGACCGAUUUAGUGCUUCCUCUCUGACCAUGGAAAGCUUUGCUUUCCUUUGGGCUGGGGGGAGAGCCUCCUAUGGAGUUUCUAAAGGCAAAGUCUGCUUUGAAAUGAAGGUUACAGAAAAGAUUCCUGUUAAACAUCUCUAUACAAAAGACAUUGACAUACAUGAAGUACGAGUGGGCUGGUCUCUGAACACAAGCGGAAUGUUGCUUGGUGAAGAAGAAUUUUCUUACGGGUAUUCUCUAAAAGGAAUAAAGACAUGCAAUUGUGAGACUGAAGACUUUGGUGAGAAGUUUGAUGAAAAUGAUGUGAUUGGAUGUUUUGCUAAUUUUGAUGGUGAUGAAGUGGAACUCUCAUAUUCCAAGAACGGACAAGAGCUUGGUGUUGCAUUCAAAAUCAGUAAGGAAGUUCUUGAUGGGCGGCCACUCUUCCCACAUGUUCUCUGCCAUAACUGUGCAGUUGAGUUCAACUUUGGUCAGAAGGAGGAACCUUAUUUUCCUGUACCUGAGGAGUACACCUUCAUUCAGAAGGUCCCCCUGGAUGAUAGGGUCCGAGGACCAAAAGGACCUGAGCAAAAGAAGGAUUGUGAGGUGGUGAUGAUGAUUGGCUUGCCUGGAGCUGGCAAGACUACUUGGGUUACCAAACAUGCAGCAGCAAAUCCUGGGAAAUACAACAUUCUUGGGACAAAUACUAUUAUGGACAAAAUGAUGGUUGCAGGUUUUAAGCGGCAGAUGGCAGACACUGGAAAACUUAACACGCUGUUGCAGAGAGCUCCACAGUGUCUUGGAAAGUUCAUUGAGAUUGCAGCUCGCAAGAAGCGGAAUUUCAUUUUGGAUCAGACAAAUGUGUCUGCAGCUGCGCAGAGGAGAAAAAUGUGCCUGUUUGCAGGCUUCCAGCGCAAAGCAGUUGUUGUUUGCCCAAAAGAUGAAGACUACAAGCAAAGAACACAAAAGAAGGCAGAGGUGGAGGGAAAAGAUCUUCCAGAGCAUGCAGUUCUCAAAAUGAAAGGGAACUUCACACUGCCAGAGGUAGCAGAAUGUUUCGAUGAAAUAAUCUAUGUAGAGUUGCAAAAAGAAGAAGCUCAAAAGCUUUUGGAACAGUAUAAAGAAGAAAGUAAGAAAUCUCUUCCGCCAGAAAAGAAACAGAAUACUGGCUCAAAGAAGAACAAGAAGAGCAAUAAAAAUCAGUUUAAUAGGGGUCAGAGAGGACGUGGAGGAUUCAACAUGCGUGGCAAUUUCAGAGGAGGAGUCCCUGGCAAUCGUGGUGGAUACAACAGGAGGGGAGGCAACAUGCCUCAGCGAGGUGGUGGAGGCGGCGGCGGUGGUGGCAGCAGUGGUGCAAUUGGCUACCCGUAUCCUCGUGGCCCUGUCUUUCCCAGCAGAGGUGGCUACUCGAACAGAGGAAACUAUAACAGAGGAGGAAUGCCCAACAGGGGAAACUAUAACCAGAACUUCAGAGGAAGGGGAAAUAAUCGUGGCUACAAAAACCAAUCUCAGGGCUACAACCAGUGGCAGCAGGGUCAAUUCUGGGGUCAGAAGCCAUGGAGUCAGCAUUAUCACCAAGGAUAUUAUUGAAUACCCAAAUAAAUGAACUGAUACAUAUUUCUCCAAAACCUUCACAAGAAGUCGACUGUUUUCUUUAGUAGGCUAACUUUUUAAACAUUCCACAAGAGGAAGUGCCUGCGGGUUCCUUUUUUAGAAGCUUUGUGGGUUGAUUUUUUUUUUCCUUUUCUUUUUUUUGUACAUUUUUAAUUGCAGUUUUAAAGUGGUUCGUAAGAGAACCUCAGCAUUGUGCACGAUAAGAGAAUGUGUCAGUAUUUCAGGGUUCUACAUUUUAUCUGUAAAAUGUGACUUUUUUUUUACCACAAAAAAAGUAAAACUUUGCUUUGUACCUGGUGUCUUUUUAUUAAAGAAUUUUCUCCUUUUUCCCUAUCCCCCAAUUUCUAAGAAACAGUCGUGAGUCAUGUCACAAUACAAUAGAAAUGUUAGCAACCAGAUUCAUAUAGAGGCUCCUUAAUAGCCCUCAUGAAUACCAUGAGAUUAUGUAAAGCUCCAUAUUACACUCCAUUCUCUCUAUGAAGCUUCUGGGUGGAAAAGGGGAGGAGGGGGAGUUAAAAGUUUCUGGCAAUAACUAGGACUUUUUUGUAACGUUUGAACUCAAUAAGAUGUUGGGGGGCAAAGAGGAAACCUGGGGCUAAAUAGUGAAGGUGGAGUGUAUGUAGAAGCUCUUAAAAGUUGUAAAACUUGGUUGCAUUAUUUGUGGAGGCUCAAACUUGUGAAGGUACAACACCAUAAUUUCUUUUCCAUUUGUUCUGCAUUUUGAUUCUGAAAAGAAGCUGGCUUUGCCCAUUUCUUAUUAAACAAAACUUGUUGUAAAUCCA